UAUUUGGUUGGCGAAAUUUGGUCACAAUGAGAUGCAAAGAUGCUACCCACUGACAGAUGAUGCUAUGCUAAAAGACUUGACAGUUGAGGCAGGCCUUGAAAUGAUUGGCUGGUUUGGGAGGCGACGCAAUUGAGCCUUAAUAAAUGUGAGAUGUUAGAAUCUCCCCCUGACAAAUCACCAAUGACCAGGAACCGCCAUCAGACACACUGAGAUGUGUACACCCACAAAGAUAUACAGAAGUCAAAAUAUCAGGUUCCCUUUUAAUUUUCAGUCAUUGAGUAGGGCUAAUUUAUUUUUAUUUUAUUAGACAAAAUUUGAGUCCCAGAGAGUAGCUUGGCUUACAAGUGGAUAAAGUUGUGUAGGCAGAGGGAGACAUUUUGGGUUUCGUUUGGUGAGAGGAAAUUUGGUAAACGUUGUGCAAUGGUGCGGGAAAAGUUUUGAAAGAGUGUGAGAAACAAUUGAAGCUAAGUGCCUGAAGUAGGUCGGUUCAAGAAGAAGCCUUCAUGUUGCAUCCGUACAGAAUGGAGGGGUACCUCAUCUCACCUGGUCCACCAUCAGAAGACAUGUACGAACCCGACAUCUAUAGACAACAGAUGUCAGAAUAUUCAUAUCCGUAUGUCAUCGAUGCAGAGAGUCAAGGAGAUCACUGGGACUAUCACACCACUCAUCAUGCCCAUCCUCUGGACUUUGACAACCUUCCAGGGGGCCACUUCACUGAGCUCCAGAGUGUCCAGCAACUACAUCUACCCAGUAUGGCUCGUUACAGCGAUGUUGACACUCUCUCUCUGGACCCUGGCCUUGGGGGACACAACCAUGCCCUACCCCCACCGGUGCCAUAUUACCCUCGUGCCAUGGGCUACUUGCACCCCUCCCCUCAGACGAUGAGGAGCUCAGACGACGAGGAGCCAGGAGGCCGCAGCCCUCCACUAGAAGUGUCUGAUGAGGAGUGUCUGAGGGACCACAUCGCCCACGUAACAAGGGGAGAAUUGGGCAACAAGAAGAAGAUCCGUCUGUACCAGUUCCUGCUGGAUCUGCUGAGGAAUGGGGACAUGAAGGACAGUAUCUGGUGGGUGGACAGGGACAAGGGCACCUUCCAGUUCUCCUCGAAACACAAGGAGGCACUGGCACAUCGGUGGGGCGUACAGAAGGGCAACCGCAAGAAAAUGACCUACCAGAAGAUGGCACGGGCUCUUCGCAACUACGGCAAGACAGGCGAGGUCAAAAAGGUCAAGAAGAAGCUGACUUAUCAGUUCAGUGGUGAAGUGCUAGGGGGGAGGUCUCACUUGGAGAGGAGGCCAUAUUCCCAUUUGUAGAGGGAGAAACAUAGUGGAAGUCCUGAAGAAGGGUAGAGUGAGAGAGAGAGAGAUAGUUAACUGUAUAUAGUACGCAAGAUAGUUAUCAAUGUAACAAUUAUUGUUUGUGGUCAAAUCAACAAUAACUGUUUUUGCUGCUCUUGUAAAAAGCAUUUAUGUGAACGUCAAAGCCAGUGACUUAAUGGAAUCUGACAAUUAGCACAUUUUGACUCAAUGAUUGCACACACACAUCUGGACCUUACAUUCCACAGCACUUAGAAAUAGGGCUGUUUUAAAUGAUACUGUCAAUCAUUAUCACCAGAAUGCUUACAGGAGUGGUAAUACAGAUGACCACUAGAAGUCCUCAGAGAUCUCCUUUCUUCUACGCACUGUUGGACUCACUGACCAUUGUGCACAUUUGACAUCAAUUAGACUUGGAUGCAACGUUAACAAACAAAAAGACUGAUAAAGAACUCUUUAGCAUUAAUGACAUUGAUUUGAUACUCUGAGAUGCACUGACUUUGGAUAAGCAAUUCCUGUUGCUUAACCUUUGCUGUAGCAGCACACAAACACAACAUAUUAUACGUUAGCUUUUGCUAAUCAGAUUUGAGUAUUCAGCCAAGCCGUGGUAUAAAGCUUGUAUAUUUGUAUGAUGGUAUUACAUGUGUAUUACAUACUAACUCAUGUUAGCUCAAGACUUUGGGAAGUAAACCCUUCUGAACAUUGGGAGCAUCCUUUCCGGACCCUCCCCUUGACCAUUACUUCCCUGUCACAUCCCAUUGACUUGUUCCUGAAAUGGGGGAGGGUGAAGAGGCUUGUGACCCAGCCCUUAUCAUCCGCUUGUGUUCAAAGAUGAAGCACAGACCCUUGCCUCCUCUGACCUAGGGUGCAAUCUAUUCCUAGCCUAAGAAUACCAACACAGGGAUAUUUCUCCCAUGCUCUCAAUCAUAGACCCCUGUUUGAACUGUAUGAAAGUGUAUAUGACCAGUUGUUUUUCCGUACUCUAUGUGCUCUCUGUAUAACGCAUGUUGGCAUGUUUGGAUGUUGGCAUGACUCAGUUACAUAUCUGCAUGUGACGAACUCGAAAGCAUUUCUAUUUUUCACACGUCAUGUGGUUUUAGUCGACUCAUCCUCGCAUUGUUGUUAGCAAAUCCUCUGGGAAUCACAGCCAUCUACGCAGAACCACAGUGGCCGAGCCAGAUAAUAUGUGGGCAGCCAUGGAGACUUUACUGGGCCCACUGGCAGCAGACAAGGCCACCCCGUCCCCCACCAUCCACCCACCCCCAGCCCAGUUAUGUGACAGCUAAAGCCUGUAGGUGUAAAUAAUUCUGGGUGCUGACACAGCUCUAUGAUGGGAGCACAGGGCACAGUCUGCAGUGAAAAGUGACACAAAGUGAGGUAUCCAGGGAGGACACCAUCAAGAGACGGAUAAUGAUUUUAAGUGUAUUUUCCCUACAGUUCCUCUGUGAUAAAUCAAUUAAUAAACACAACUGAAAAGGAGACAUAAAGGACAGGGAUAUAGUUAGAAUAAUUCAAUUGAAUAAUGCAAAAUCAUAGAAACAGUGAGGAUUGAUUUAAGUGAACCCUCCGGCAUUUAUUACUGACUGAGCAAUAAAACAAGGUUGAAAAUAAAAGCAUAUACAGUACCAGUCAAAAGUUUGGAUACACAUA